CAGCUCAAGGGUCUAAAAAAAUUGAUUCAUAUUUUCAUAAUACUGUUCAAGAAACUGAUAGUUCUAAUAUACAAGAAACUACUACUCAUAUAUCUACAAUUCAAGAAAUUACUAAUCAAUUGAUUACUGUUCAAGAAACUGCUACUUAUUCAAUCACUAAUCAAGAGAUAGAUACUUUGAUUCAUGAAUCAACAUUUUUUGCAAAUGAUAAAAGAACCGAAUUUUGGGGUCUGCAAAAUGAACAACCACUUUAUCCUAAACAUUAG